AUGGAGGACUUGGAAGAUAAUACUACUGUCUUUUCCACCCUGAGAUCCCUCAACAACUUUAUUUCACAGCGUAUGGAGGGGGUGUCUGGGCUGGCUACACCAGGAUCGUCUCAAAGUUCCUUACAGAUUCAGUACCAGCAGAGGGUGCAGUUGGAAGAACAAGCUGGGCAGAUCCACUCCAAAUCCCAGCUCCUGCAGGUGGAACGAGAGAAGAUGCAGAUGGAGCUUAGUCACAAACGAGCUCGCAUAGAGCUAGAGAAGGCAGCUAAUACCAAUGCCAGAAACUAUGAGCGAGAGGCUGAUCGUAACCAGGAGCUGCUCACACGCAUAAAGCAAUAUCAGGAAAGGGAAACAGAAGCUGAAAAUAAACUGAAAGAACAAAUGGAGAUGAACAAAUCCUAUAAGAAGAGCAUGGAGACAAUGAGUAAGAAGCUGCAAGAGAAGGAAAGCAAAUUAGCUGAAGCUAAUGAAACAAUCACUGUAUUAAAAGGGAAAAUAUCAGAGCUGCAAUGGAAUAUAAUGAAUCAAGAGAUGCAGAUGACAAGCCAAGACUCUCAGAAGCAGGAACUGAUGGAACAGCUGGAUGUUCAACAUAAAAAAUGGCAAGAGGCUAAUCAGCAAAUCCAGACGUUGCAAGCAAGCCAAUCCCUACUGGCAGAAUACGAACAGAAGAUUAAGGAUCUGGAACAGAAGUUCUCCCAGCAGGAACAUGAUGCUCUAAUUGUCAAGAAUAUGAAGGCAGAACUGGCCCGUUUCCCAAAAAUGGAGCGGGAAUUGCGCCAACUCAGGGAGGAAAAUGCGUACUUCAGGGAAAUGAAAGAAAACAAUGGAUUGCUUAAAGAGGAGGUAGAAGGUCUCCAAAGAAAACUGGAACGCUAUGAGAAAGUCCAAGCACAGCUAGUGACCAUUGAAUUGGAAAAUGAGAAACUUCUGGGAAGAUUAAAAAGCUGGGAGAAACUGGACCAGAGCACUGGCUUGAAUAUCAGGACGCCUGAUGAUCUCUCAAGGCAAAUUGUGGCCCUGCAGCAAAGGGAGCUUGAGCUGAAAGAGCAGAACUCUACCAUCACGAACAG